UCUCCGUCAACGUGUAUUACAGACGCAGAUCGAGGCAUGGAAAUAAUAGAGAGCGGGGAACCAUUCUUGCAAUGGGACAGGAACCUUAGCGAGCUGUCCGAAACCGGGGAUAACGACAACAUGUUAUACAGCAACCACUUUACCGAGCUCCUGGAUGAUCUGUCCCAGGAUGCUCUGCUGGGCCAGCUGCUGAGCGACCCGUUCCUGUCUGGACGCGGUGAUGUUAUGGACACGGAGGAGGGACUGAUCCCUGCCUCUCCAGUGCCGCCGCACAUCCAGGCCGAGCACAGUUACUCACUGUGCGGAGACUCACGCCCGCAGUCUCCCCUUUCACAUCUGCCUGGUGAACCUGGAAGUGAUGGGGGUGAUUCAGACAAUGAAGAGUGGCCCAUGGAACAGGAUGAUAAGGGGCUUAAGAUGGAACCUCUGCUGUGUGAUCCGCCUGUCCUGCUGCCCACACUGACUCUCACCCUGACCCCUGAGGGCACGACCCCUGAGCCCGAGACCACCAGCGGUGACUCCACCCUCACGCUGACCCUUCCUCAGGCUACACAGAUAAAACCUCUUAAUGUAAAGGUGGAGACUAAGAGUUUCGGUCCUCAGAUUAAACUGGAGCCACAUGAGGUGGAUCAGUUCUUGAAUCUCUCACCCAAAGGACUGGAGUCUUUGCAGAUGCCCCCCACUCCCCCCAGCUCUCACGGCAGUGAUUCAGAAGGAAGCCAGAGUCCUGUACACCCCUGUGCACCCGCCAGCCCGACACUGACCCCCGGUGUCCUCAAGGUGGCGCCAAGAGCCCCCUCUUCUCUCUCCAGCUCUCCUCUGCUAACAGCACCACACAAACUACAGGGUUCAGGUCCCCUCCUGCUGACCGAAGAGGAGAAGCGCACGCUCAUCGCUGAAGGAUACCCGGUGCCCAACAAACUGCCCCUCUCCAAGGCUGAAGAGAAAGCCUUGAAGAAGAUUCGCAGAAAGAUCAAGAACAAGAUUUCAGCUCAGGAGAGCCGCAGAAAAAAGAAAGAGUACAUGGAUGCUCUAGAGAAAAAGGUAGAGACAUGCUCCACUGAGAACAGUGAACUACGCAGAAAAGUUGAGACACUGGAGUGCACCAACAAGUCCCUGUUGCAACAGCUGCAGUCGCUGCAGGCGGUGGUUGCAGGAAAGGUCCCGAGGUCCUGUAGGAUUACGGGCACCCAGACCUCCACAUGCCUCAUGGUAGUGGUGUUGUGUUUCUCUCUGUUCUUGGGGAGUUUCUAUCAAGGCCUGAGUCCCUGUUCUUCAAUCACCAAAACAGAUCUGGCCAGAGACAUUUCCAUACAUGAGACAUACACUACUACAGUGAAGUCCCGCAACCUGUUAGCCUUUAAGGAGCACGGGGGGCUGGACGAUCCCCAUUUCAUCGGCCUGGGAGGAGAAUAUCCUGAGUGGGAUGGGCAGGUUGACGUCAUGGCAACUUGGCGUUUGGAACAGCAGCGCAAACAGGAACAGGCGGACCUGCGUGAGACAGAGCCACACCCACAUUUAAUAAAGACCAACGAGACGCUAGAGCACAACGCAUUUCUCAUAGACCUGCACGCACACAGGUCAGAUAAAUGAGAUUGCAAAAGUCAUACAGCUGGAGAGGACGGUCAAUGAGACAUCCUGAGGUUUGGCUGGCCCCCUCUCUCUUCCCCUCCCACCCCAUGUCCCGUAUCCCCUCUCUCUCCCUGCAGUGGCGGGGCGAUAGGCUCUGUAUUUAUAGAUAUAGUUUAAGUAUUGUUUUACUUAACGAAGUUCUCCUUUUUUUAAGAUAAAAACAAAAAUGUAUUUUUUAUUCCAUUCCAACAGUAUAUGUAAUUUUGUUACUUUAUCCACACUGUUCUGCUUUAUUUUCUGUUUUUUUUACCUGCUUUACAUUUUAUUUUAGUGCAUCUAAUUUACAUGCUUUAAAUUUGUUUUAAUGCAUGUAACUUGGUUUUCUUUAUUUUUUGCCUGUUAGUCCCAUGCUGCUGAGAACAUGUGUAGUAAUAUAUUGAAAUCAUUACAGUUUUCGCAUUACACAUUGAAUGACUCGGGCAAUGGGGCUGGAUUUGUGGUAUUAUGUAGCAUGUCUCAUUCAUCCAAAGAUUUAAUGCAAAGAUUCCUAACUGAAAAAAAAAUCUUAAAGAUUCUGUUGAAAAAAGAUAACAUACCGAACAACAAAUUUACGGUUUGAACAUGGGAUCUUUCCAAAGCAUUUAAAAAUGUUUUCUAAAUGUGUCUUUUGUGAUUUGUAAAUAUUUGUCAUAUCCUCUGUCGUAUUGUUGGCGAUUGAAAUGAAUGAAUCUAUUUUUUGUUAAUGGAGGGUAAUAAAGAGAAACGACAUGGACAUGACAUGAAAGGAUGGAGUCUCCAACCCUGGAACACACGAUCCAUAGUCCCUCGUAUGACGUUGCCCUCUUUUAUUUGGUUUAAGGUCUAUAAAGGACAGAUGGUGCUUUUUGUCCUUGGCUGGCCACCAUCCAAACCCUCUCUGCUCUCUUCUGUGGACAAUUGAAGCUCGCUGACCAGUCUAUAGCGUUCCAUGCCCAGAUUUGAAUGGUUUUGAUACCCGUAGUUAAGAGUGAUGUGUCAUGGGCCUUUAAGCGGGCAUGUGAUGAACUUGCACUGUGUCCCUAUGAAAAUUAUCUGUUAUUUAUUAUUUUUAGCAUGCCUGCAACCCUUUUUAUCCUGGAGAUGAGCAUUGUGAAGAUUUUUUCCCAUGAGAUGUAUUCAGACGUCUGAAUUGCAUUGGAAAAUGUGAUGCAGAUCAUUUUGUAUACGAGUUUGAUGUGCAACUUCUGUAUUUGUUGUGGCCUAAUAUAUGAGUGAUAUAUUAAUCUUCUCACUCUUAUAAAAUGCCCACCGAUUUUCGUAUGCACCUCUACAUUUUCAUUGUAUCACAAUUCGAUUUUAUGCUCUUUAAAAAUCACUCUGCCUUGUCCUGUUUUCUGCAAAGCAAAUAAAUAUUUUCCUUAGUAAAAGCAUUUUAAAUCACGA